AUGGAUCACCAAAGCGAGGAUAUUAAGUACGAAGAGUUGCAAAGCAUACUAGUUACUACUAUCGCUCUUGAUUUAUCUUCUGCAGGAAUUGCAGCAGAGUGUAGCAUAUCAAUGAGGGAUACCGCGGCUCGAUUGGUGCAGGCAGGAUAUGGUGUUUACGGGAUAGAUCAUGAGGGCCAUGGCAGAUCAUCUGGAAGCAGGUGCUACAUACCAAACUUUGGCGACAUCAUCGCAGAUUGCUCCAGUCAUUUCACAAGUAUCUGCGAGAAACCAGAGAACACAGGGAAGAAGAGGUUCUUGUACGGCAUUUCCAUGGGCGGGAGCGUGGCUCUUCUCCUCCAUAGGAAGGCACCGGACUACUGGGACGGCGCCAUCCUGCUUGCUCCUAUGUGCAAGAUCUCUGAUGACAUGAAGCCUCACCCAAUAUUGGUCAGCGCUCUAAAAAUGAUUUGUGCUGUUGCGCCUAGUUGGAAGAUCAUACCCACACCUGACAUCAUUGACAAAGUCUGCAAAGAUCCAGAGAUGAGAAAAGAGGUUCGUUCCAAUCCAUAUAUAUACAGAGGAAAGCUCCCCCUGAAAACUUGUCAUGAGCUCCUGAUGGUCAGCCUAGACAUUGAGAAGAACUUGAAUCAGGUGACGAUGCCAUUCCUGGUCCUGCACGGUGGAGACGACAUCGUGACCGAUCCUUCAGUCAGCAAGCUGCUAUUCGAGAAAGCAUCGAGCAAGGACAAAACCUUCAAGCUCUACCCUGGGAUGUGGCAUGCGCUGACAGCUGAACUCCCUGACGACGUUGAGCGUGUGUACUUUGACAUUAUCACUUGGCUAGAGGAAAGGGCGAUUUGUACAGCUAGUGCUCAGUACAGAGAUAAUAUCAAGUAUGAAGAGGACUUCUUUGUGAAUUCACGAGGAAACAGGCUCUUCACCUGCAGUUGGACGCCGAGGAAAUCGGAGAGCAGAGCUCUGAUCUUUAUCUGCCACGGGUACGGAGGUGAGUGCAGCAUAUCCAUGGGAGAUACUGCUGCUCGAUUAGUACACCGUGGAUAUGCUGUUUACGGAAUCGACCACGAGGGCCACGGUAAAUCUUCAGGCUCGAAAGGCUACAUAUCGAGCUUCAGCGACGUCGUCAGAGACUGCUCUGACCAUUUCAAGAGUGUCUGUGGUGAGAAUGAAGCUGUGAAUUCCAGUGGCUAUAUCCGUUCCAACCCGUACAUGUACAAAGGAAACCUCGCCCUGCAAACAGGCCGCGAACUCCUCUCCGUCGGCCUAGACAUCGAGAAGAAUCUGCACGAGGUCUCGUUGCCGUUCUUGGUCCUGCACGGCACCGACGACGUCGUCGCUGAUCCUUCUGGGAGCAAGUUGCUGCACGAGAGGGUGUCGAGCAGGGACAAGACGCUGAAGCUGUAUCCCAGGAUGUGGCACGUGCUCAUGGGCGAACGGCCGGAGGACGUCGAGCGCGUCUUCGCCGACGUGAUCUCGUGGCUCGACGACAGGGUGGGCGGUACAGCUACCGUCCCCGGCGGCACGACAAAUCCUCAUGAGCUAGUAGAGAUGUACUAG